GGGAUCAGCUGAGCAGCAGCCGCCACACACACCGAGACCGUGCCGGAGGCCCAGCGGAUCGGCGGAGAAAAGAGCCGCUCCUCCUUCUCCUCCUCCUCACGGCCUGAACCGGCGCUUCCCUGAGGAGAAGGGGAGAUGGAGGGGGAAGCAGCCAUGAAGCCGCCGGAGGGGAGGGGCGGCGGAGCGCGGUGAGGCUUCCUGCAGGAAUCUCACCCUUUCUCCUCGGAGGCCACAAAGCUCUUCCCGCCUAAAACUCCGGGGAGAAGAGAAGGAGGAGGAAGGGGAGGGAGAAGGCGGAGGGUGGGAGAGGGCCCCGCGGCCAUGAAGCUGUGGCGGCUGUUGUGCCGCCACAAGACGGCCCUGGGCUUGGGCAGCCUCUCUCUCUUCGCCGCGGUCCUGCUUUACCUGGCCAAGUGCACCUCCGAGGGCUUACGGCCUCUCCCUGCUCCCCGGGGGCUCCCUCACAACCAACCCGCCGCCAUACCCCCUCGGGGGGCCCGGGGCCCGCAGUUCCCCGCGGCUCCUCCGCUGUCCCCUGAGGAAACGGCGUUCAUGGCCGUGUUGGUCACCAGCGGCCCGAAAUACAGCGAACGCCGCAGCAUCAUCCGCAGCACUUGGUUGUCCUCCCGCCCGCCUCACGAUGGCAUCUGGAGCCGCUUUGUCAUCGGUACCGGAGGGUUGGGAGCCGAGGAGCUGAGGAGUUUGGAACUGGAACAGAACCGCCACGGAGAUCUCCUCCUUUUGCCGGAGCUGCGGGAUUCCUACGAGAACCUGACCGCUAAAAUCCUGGCUGCUUAUGUCUGGCUGGAUCUGCACCUGGAUUUCCAGUUCGUCCUGAAAGCCGACGACGAUUCCUUCGUGCGUUUGGAUGUGCUGGUGGAGGAGCUGAGAGCCAGGGAGCCGCAUCGCCUCUACUGGGGAUUCUUCUCGGGCCGCGGUCGGGUGAAAUCGGGUGGGAAGUGGAAGGAGAGCGCUUGGGUGCUGUGUGAUUAUUACCUGCCUUACGCCCUGGGCGGGGGUUAUGUGAUUUCCGCGGAUUUGGUGCGUUAUCUGCGCCUCAGCAGGGAUUACCUGAACAUGUGGCAGAGCGAAGAUGUCUCCCUGGGGGUCUGGCUGGCGCCCAUCGACGUGAAGAGGGUGCACGACCCUCGCUUCGACACGGAGUAUAAAUCCCGGGGCUGUAACAAUAAGUACAUAGUAACUCACAAGCAGAGCAUCGAGGACAUGCUGGAAAAGCACCAGACCCUGGCUAAGGAAGGAAAACUCUGUAAAGAGGAGGUUAAGCUGAGGCUUUCCUACAUGUAUGACUGGGGGGUGCCUCCUUCUCAGUGUUGCCAAAGGAAGGAUGGGAUCCCCUGAAAGGCUGAGGGAAGAAAAGUUUGAAUUGUUGAUUGACUCUGAGCUUGGUUACUGUUACCUGGGGGUGGGGGAAAAAAAUCCCGGUAAGGAGGGCUUGAAAAUGACUCAAAAGAUUUUGCACGAUUCACUGUGUCACCACCAACAAAACCCUGGAAAUCCUAAAAGCUGCUGAUGUGGCAUGAUGUAGAGGUGUUUGAAAAACAAAUAGAUGACAAAAAGCAGAUGGGAAGGGUCAGGUGGCAAGACAAUGGGUUGCAUAAUAUGGAUAGUACAGAAAACUUGGGGGAGACAACUUGGAUGAAAAGUUGCUGGAAGAUUUUUAACAGACCCUAAGAUUUAUUUACUAAAGAUAUAUGAUAGGACUUAGUAAGACUGUGGCAGCUGGAUUUAUUUCUUGGCAAGGAAGACGUGGCAGUUUGGCAAGGUUUAAGAUUCUUAUGGGGCCACAAAUCAGGUGCUGUUGGCAGUGGGAACAAGGUGAGUGGUUGUUGACACAGGCAGACAAGUGAAGGGAACAGUUUUACCUCCAGCAUUCCUUUGGGAGGGACACAGAGUCAGGAAUUUACAGGAAUGGAAUUAUUGAACCUGUGUAACUUGUCUCUAAGCUUUUUGUUGUUCUAAACACAUCUUGUAGAUAAAUUAUCUGGCAGCUACAGACUGAGUCUGGAUUUAGGAAGGUAGAUGAGUUACAGUAUUUGGCAGAUACAGGAGACAUUAUUUUGGGGGCAAAUAGUUCUGCUACAAAGCUCACCUUCAGUUGUCAGGCAUUGGGGUUGUUCUUGGCUUAUCCUCCAAACACAAUCCAUGAAGGAAUAUUUUCCCUCUCAACAGUAAUCUCCCUGACUGCUCAGGCAUUGUAGGCUUCAGGUUUAUAUGGUUCUGGAUUCCUUCUGCAAAAUGUAAAUUUUCAGGAUUCAGUAUGUUUGGAGUUUGCCCUACAGUUGGUGCCACAGCUGAGAAAGUAAACUCAGUUUGUGCUCAAGAGAAACAAGUUCCCUCACCCCCAAAUUCCUCUUUGAGACCAACAUUGUCUCUUUUCAUGAGCUACAUUACAAACUAAAAGGACAAAUAUCCCAACAGUCACACUUAGGUCUGUGUGGAUUCCCUCCCCAGGGAUUCCCCUCCAAAAUUAAUUUUUUACCCAGUAGCAGUAGAGAGUUACUGACUUCCAGUAACCUUUGUCAACUGCAGAUUUUCAGCAGAAGUUUUUAAUUUUAUGCCUGAAGAGCAUACUUACUUUUCAGUUUAACUGUUUGUUGCACACUGCACUUUCAUAUCAUUUAAUUUCCUCCUCUGUUCCCACCUGUAGGAAGAGACAAAUUGUAAAGAAAAAA